GCUCUCUCUCUCUCUAUCUCUGCUCACAUUAACAACGGAGACUUAUAUAUCAUUAAUUAGUUGAUGAUAAUGAGCCUUAACGGCACCUACAACACUAACAAUACCGAUCCACGGAGUCCAAGAAGGAGCAACGCCGCAGAUGCACGGCGGUCCCAAGCAUGCUGCUGGAACCUAAGCGGCUGCUUGGAAAUGCCAAUGGGUGCCGUUGUCUCCUCCCCGAACCAUAGCCACCCUCACCACCAGCAGCCUCUCCAGAAUCGCGGCCACCAGUCACUGGAACAAUCCAUUUCUGAGUUGGAGCAGCAGGUGAGAGACCUGGAAAGAGAAGUGCAGAAGCAGAAGGAGCUGAGGAUCAUGUACGGGAAGAGGAUGGAGAGGACUCAAGAUUACCUCAAGUACUGCCUCCAAGUUGCCCAAGAGAAUGGCUUCUUGCACCUCCUCAUGAACCCGAAGGACACCCAAGAAUGCCUCCUCUCCCCCCACAAUUUCAUGAUCGGCAACAACGUAUGGCUGAACGGCAGCCCAGCUCAGUUCCCGGCCCUGGUACCCUCCCAACCGUCGGACCUCGAUCUCAUCUCCAACCAAGCCCGGGCUAAUGGGUGGUCUAUUGACCCGCUCGAGAUCGAAAUGAAAGAUCAAAUAGGCCGAGGGAGCACGGCCGACAUUUACAGGGCCACGUGGAGGGGCCUCGAUGUGGCGGUGAAGUACAUGUCUCCGGAGUUCUUCCACUCCAACCCCAGCGGCGCCGCCUUCUUCGCCCAGGAGCUCCACACCCUCUCCCGGCAACGCCACCGCUUUGUGCUCCAGCUCAUGGGUGCCUGCCUCCAACCGCCCGACCGUGCAUGGGUCGUCACCGAGCUCCUAAGCACCACCCUCAAGGAGUGGCUCCAUGGGCCCGGCAAGGCUCGCCAGCCGCGGGACUUAGCCUCCUCUCUACCGUUGCCCCCCAUGGAGGAGCGGCUCGCGAGGGCGGUGGAGAUUGCCCAGGCAAUGCAGUAUCUCCACGAACAAAGGCCGAGGGUCGUGCACCGUGACCUAAAGCCGAGCAACGUGUUCUUGGACGAUGCGCUGCAUGUGCGGGUGGCAGAUUUUGGGCAUGCUCGCUUCCUGAGGGAUGGGGAAUACGCGCUCACUGCCGAAACAGGUACUUAUGUUUACAUGGCACCAGAAGUGAUCAAGUGUGAGCCAUAUGAUGAGAAAUGUGACGUGUACAGUUUCGGGGUGAUUGUCAAUGAGCUUGUCACCGGAGAUCAUCCCUAUAUCGAUAUCGAUGCUGGUCCAGCAAAGAUAGCAAUGGAGGUGGCAGAAGGAAUCCUAAGGCCUGCACUUCCUGCGGACAAUGAUGGCCAAUUAGGAGAGCUUAUAGAGCUGAUCUGCCUUUCAUGGAAUCAGGACCCCUCUUUGAGACUGCCCUUCUCUUCAAUAACCCCAAAACUCAAAGAGAUCCAAAGGAAAUUCGCGGAGACUAAUGUAUCAUAAUCUGAUUGAUUUUAUAUAUAAAGAGAAAUUAGAUAAUGAUUUCGGACUUAAUUGCCGAUGAUCAUAAGAGAUGAUCA